AACACAAUCCCGCGCAUGCGCAGACGCGCGGAGCGAGAUGAAAACAUGGAAGUGACAAUGAAGCAAGCGGAGGUCCAGAAAGACCGAAAGGAGGACCGGGAGGAGGAGGAAGAUCGGCCCAUGUCCAGAUCUGACAGUGGCAGUGGUGAGGAUUCUCUUGAUGGGCUUAUGAGGCAUAAUUGCCCCCUGACCCCCUCACUGUCCCCACGCAAGCGGACCACCAGUCAGAGCAAGACAGAGCCACCUCUACUGAGGACCAAUAAGAGGACAAUCUACACGGCAGGGAGACCACCCUGGUACAAUGUCACCGGGACCACCUUCAAAGAGGCUUUUGUCAUAGGUUUGUGUGGUGGCAGUGCCUCUGGGAAAACCACAGUGGCCAAUAAGAUAAUUGAAGCUCUGGACGUCCCCUGGGUGGUGCUUCUUUCUAUGGACUCUUUUUACAAGGUUUUGUCCAAAGAGGAACAGGAGCUGGCGGCAAAGAAUGAAUACAACUUUGAUCACCCAGACGCUUUUGACUUCGAGCUGCUGGUGACUGUGCUGAGGAAACUGAAGAAGGGUAAAAGCGUCAAAGUACCUGUGUAUGACUUCACUUCCCACUGCCGUCGCAAAGAGUGGAAAACUGUUUAUGGUGCCAACGUAGUAAUAUUUGAGGGAAUCCUUUCAUUUGCCAAUAAGGAACUUCUGAAGCUGCUGGACAUGAAAGUGUUUGUGGACACUGACUCGGACAUCCGGCUGGUCAGACGACUGAAGAGGGAUAUUUCAGAGCGAGGUCGUGACAUUGGUGGUGUCAUUAAGCAAUACAAUAAAUUUGUCAAGCCAGCAUUCGAACAGUACAUCGAACCCACAGUCCAGGUGGCAGAUAUUGUGGUUCCGAGAGGUGGAGAGAACUUUGUAGCUUUGGAUUUGAUUGUCCAGCAUGUCCAUAGUCAGCUUGAAAAGAGGAAGCUCCGCUGGGAUAUAUCCGCCCUGGCAUCUGCCCAUCAGGGUCAGCCCCUGCCCAAGACUCUCAGCGUUAUGGAGAGCACCCCACAAGUGCGGGGAAUGCACACCAUCAUCAGGAAUAAGGAAACAAACCGGGAUGAAUUUAUUUUCUACUCUAAGAGAUUGAUGAGGCUCCUCAUUGAGCAUGCCCUCUCCUUCCUGCCACUGAAGCCGGUGUCUGUCGAGACGCCCCAAGGCACCAUAUAUGAAGGGAAAAGACUCAGUGGCAAAAGAAUCACUGGGGUGUCCAUCCUGCGCGCCGGGGAGACGAUGGAACAGGCUUUAAUGGCCGUGUGUAAAGACAUUCGACUGGGAAAGAUUCUCAUCCAGACCAACCAUGACACUGGAGAGCCCGAGCUCCAUUACCUGCGCUUACCCAAAGACAUCAGCGAGGACUACGUGAUCCUGAUGGACAGCACAGUGUCCACAGGGGCUGCUGCUCUCAUGGCCGUCCGAGUCUUACUCGACCACGAUGUUCAGGAGGAUAAGAUUUUCCUGCUGUCUCUGCUCAUGGCAGAAAUGGGCGUCCACUCGGUGGCCUACGCCUUCCCCAAAGUGCGCAUCAUCACCACGGCUGUGGACAAGAAGGUCAAUGACGAGUUUCACAUCAUCCCAGGCAUUGGUAAUUUUGGAGACCGGUAUUUUGGAACUGAUGCUCCUUCAGACUGGUAUGAGAGCGAUGAGGGAAUGGACUACUAAGGCUCAGUUACAGGAUGUGCUUGUGUGUGUGUUUGGAAGGGGGUAUGGGGGGGGUGGGGGUGGGGGGGGAUCAGAAAAGCACUUAUUCUCUCAUGACUGUGGCAGUGACUGCUGCCUGUCUGCUAUAUGAACCAUAUCAGGCUCCACAUCUGCACCGGUCUCACUACACCACGCUUUCAGAGAUCAAACCGUGUUCUCACCCCGAGAGACGGGUGCCGUUCUCAGCUUUGCUUGAAGUGCCUGUGUGAGUGUAGAGUAAGUAGUUUCAAAUCUCUUCUUCAAGGGAACCAGCAUCAACACUGACUCAGCUUUGGCUGCACCUGAAGGAGGUAACGGCUCAGCCGACGUUGAAAGGACCUUCACGCCCUGUUCACACUUGGUAUUAACAUUCGUCUCGAGUGUUCUGACCAUAAAUGGACUUGAAUGCAUUUCUAGUGACCUUUUGUUUUUUUUCUGGAGGAAGGGUGCGACACAUAUUUACUACAUCAGUCUUUCACUUCAAUUGUAGUCAGACAAAAAUGUCCCAUGAGUCCCGGCUCAUGUAAGGGCUGCUACAUAUGUUUAGAUCGUGCAGAUUGCUAAUGCAGCUUAUAAACAAACAGGAGAGGAGGUGAAGAUACUAAGCAAAGCAGCUGUUUCUGUCUCUGCAGUUGAUUAGACUGUCCUUUGUUGGAGUCGAACACACUGGGACGCUUUAGCAUUCACAUCAUGAUUAAGUGACCCUUAUUAGUCCUAGAAAUUUCAGCUGUGCGAAACACCACGUACACACUCGUGAACACACACACACUAGUGGGCAGUGAGUACACUUGCCCGGAGCGGUGGGCAGCCCUAUCCACGGCGCCCGGGGAGCAUUUGGGGGUUAGGUGUCUUGUUCAAGGGCACUUCAGUCACGUACUGUUGGCUUAGGGGAUCAAGCCGGCGACCUUCCAGUCACAGGGCUGGUUCCCUAACCUCCAGCCCACGACUGACCAAGUGUUGUCAUCAUACCUGUCCCUCACCACCUCAGAAGGUGGUUUGCAUGAUUGGAUUAUAAUGCAUCUCAAAGAUGACCAACCUAUACUCGGCGCCGUCCACUUAUGAUCGGAUCAUCCCGGACGUGUGUUAGUGCCAGGUGUAAAUGAUAAAUCAGUGAACAGGUAUGUAGUGAAUGAAACAUAGAGAAUAUAUAGAGGAUGAUCUGACGUUGAGUUAGCUUUGAUACCGCAUUUCAGACACUUGAAUUUUAGAGUAGGGGGAGUAUCAGACGUAGUCAGUGCAGAGGGAUGAAUGUGUUGUCGUUUUUCGCAAGAUUAUGCCUUUGUGUUUCCUCUACAGCAAAUUAGUAUUAGUUUAAUUAGUGGGGUUUGUUUUUGUGUGCAACAGUGCAAAAGGGAUUUCAAAGCCUUUUGGCUAGACCUUUUAAAGGAAGUGCGUUCUGAAAUGGUGUCCAAAGGAAAGAUAUUUUCCAGUUUUACAGUUGAAUGCAAAAGUUUGGGCGCCCCUGGUCAAAUUCCUUGUUUUGUAGCUUUUCUGUGUGAAAAUAAAUUUAAUUAUCCUCUCCAGAGAAACACUCAUGCACUUUUUAAUGCACAGUUACUGUUUGUUUUCAGGAUUUAACAUAUUGGGGAAAAAUAACUAUGGCACAUUAUAUUUUUAUGUAGGAAUUUUGCACUAAAAUUUGCUGAAGGUUUAUUUCCUGUAGAGGAUGCGUUUCUUAUUUUCAAAAACAAAUUCAACAACACACGUAACUUGACUGGGGGUGUUCAGAAUUUGCACGUGACUGUAGUUGCGCUCAGUACCACUUGAGAGAACAAUUGUAGGUGUAGAGAGAUUUUGCUGCCAUUUCCAGGUCGACAUACUUGAAUAACUAUUUAAAUGUAGAUAAUGUAUUUAAUAUUUGUUAGGUGCCUCGACGGGUGGCAGUGCUGAAAUAAAUGAAAUUGCAAAUUAUUUGAAAACGUUGGGUAGGAUGUCUGAUGGAUAAAUAAACACAAACCAUUUUAUCACUACUGUGCUGAUGUUAUACAGCCACGUAGAACCACCCUAAAGCACGUAAGCGUUGAGUUUGGCUCUGAGAUUUCACAGCAUGUGAAUCAGCCACUGUCGUUUUCAGUGUCUUGACUGCUUAAUGAACCUCCACAGUUCAUUUGAACACACUGACUAAUAUGGCUUAAACUUGUACAUGGGAAACAGAUCAAAGUCCGACUGAAUUCACAGAGCUAAUCAAGGUGAUGCUGAAAUUCCAUAGUUUUUUUAUUUUUUUUUAUUUCAAAAUUUCUGUAAAAUUAAAUGGUUAAACUGUAAACAAAGUAAUUCGGAAUAUAUUGGCGUCAAAUUAGUAAUCCUAGAGACACUCACAGAGAGAGCACUGUUACAGUGGUAAUGGGAACCAGACAUCUAAGAGCAGAAAGUUUUUACAUGAAAUUAUGAAUGUUUUUUUUAUGUCUGAGAUGCUAUUUUUUAUGGUAGUUUUGCAGUAAAGUUUUUGCCUAAAACGUUUUUAAAAGGAUUCAUGGUGAAGGUUUCUUCCCUAAAGAAAACUCACUCAAAAAUUCAAAACUAUAUUAAAAAGUAUAUUUUGAUUUAUUAUUAAUUUACCACAAUCACAAAAACAGAUGUGCAGGUUCACUGGUUUUGGAUGGUAAAUAAAAUGGCUGUAUCUGCUUUGUAGGCAUGGUGACUCCUGGUUCCUAUCACCACCACUGUGAAGACGUCUGAGUCUCUACAGUGAACCAUUUCACAUCAAACCAGUCUGAAUGACUUUGUUUACAUCUCAUCAUCAGAUCAUGUGUUAAAUGUGAUUUUCAUAUUAACCACCCAAAAAUAUUGUUUUUAAAGACUGGGUUCAAUAUGCAUGUAAAACUGGCCCGGCACUGCUGAAUCCAUGUUUAGCUUUAAAGAGGAAUGUUACACAUCAGUUAAAUCAGAUGUGCAACACAAACGACGUCGACUUCAUUGUGUGUUUAUGUAUUUGGACUCCAGCCCCUCAGACACGUGUUGGGAUUGGGUGCUUGUGUUUUUAGACUCGCUGUUCCUUAUGUUUACUCUGUGCUCAGUGCUUUAAUAUUUGUAAACACUUCAUGACAUCUUAGAGAUUCAAUCUCAUUACUUGACAGUUUUAAACUUGAAGAUUUACUGGUUACAUUGUCCAAACGCAUUUUUAUUUUAUUUAUAUGUAUUUUUCCAUUCAGAGCUGUCGCUGCACAAAUGAAAUAUAAGCGUUCUGUUAUACUUUUUUCAUGUCUCAGUUUUCCAAAGCCAUUCCAGUAAUGCCAAGCAGUGAUAUUUCUUUGAUAUAAGCGCAAUAAAGCAUCUUGAGCUCA